AUGGCUAGAAAGAAAGUGAAAAUAGCCUAUAUCAUCAACAAUUCAGCCAGAAAAGCUACAUUCAAUAAAAGAAAGAAGAGUAUGAUGAAGAAGUUGGGCGAACUUAGCAUUCUUUGUGGAGUCGAUGCAUGUGCUAUAGUUUAUAGCCCAUUUGACUCUCAAGUUGAAGUUUGGUCUUCCCAAUCAAUGGUUGAAAAUGUUCUAGAAAAAUUCAAGAAUUUGCCUGUGAUAGAGAAGAGCAGGAAGAUGUUGAGCCAGGAAACCUAUCUGAUUAGGAUGAUCUUUAAAGAAAAUGAACAGUUAAAGAAAGUGAGAAGAAAAAAUCGUGAGAACGAAAUGAAAGCUGUAUUGUUUCAGAGUCUCACAACAGGACUUCCUCAAUUUCAGAAUCUGAAGUUGAUGGAUAUGGAUGUUCUUGGGCGGCUUAUCAACAAUAAAUUGAAUGAUGUUGAUAACAAAGGAAAGACUCUUGGUGAGAAGGUGACUGGGAACCAAAAUCAAGACCAAUAA